AAAGUCCCAAUUAGCGUUUGGAUUAGCCGGUAGAGCUGCUGUAUAACGGAGCAGGAGCUCCAACGCAACACACAAACGCUCUCUAUUUGCCGACUGAAAGUUUGCAACUUUACUGAGAUCCAAAGAUGAUUGUAACGGCGAAGCUAAGAUUGUUGAAAACCAUGUGUUUUGCUUCAGCUUUCAGGAGCUUCCGCUUUCCAUUGCUAAGGGAAUUGGGAAUGGGUAACUUUCAAUCUCCAACCCUAUUAUUUACUUGUUCUUUCCAUUCUUCUUCGAGAGCAACUUCCGCUCACACGCAUAAAGAUGCAAGCUUGAUAUCUAAAUUCAAUUCUGCUUCUUUUAGGGACGUUGAUGAUGCCCUAGCUUCCUUUAAUCACAUCAUUCUUAUGCAUCCUCUGCCUUCUAUUGUUGAAUUUGGUCGAUUUUUAUCUGCUCUUGUCAGAAUGAAACAAUACCAAACGGUCAUUUGCUUGUCCAGAACAAUUGAGUCGCUAGGAAUCUCACACAAUGUUUAUUCUCUUGCCAUCUUGAUUAAUUGCUUCUGCCGCUUACAUCUAGUGGAUUUCGGGUUCUCAAUUUUCGGAAAAAUACUCAAAUUUGGAUUGGAGCCCAACAUUGUGACAUUUAACACCUUAAUUAACGGCCUCUGUUUAGAGGGUAAAAUCAAUAGAGCAGUAGACUUUUUCAAUGACAUGGUUGCAGGAGGUUACCAACCUAAUGUUUGUACUUACACUGUGAUAGUAAGUGGCCUUUGUAAAUUUGGGAAAAAAAAUGUGGCUAUUUGGUUGCUAAAAGAAAUGAUUGAGAGAGGUUGUGAGCCAAAUGUUGUGACUUACAAUGCAAUUAUCGAUGCCCUUUGCAAGGAUAAGCUAGUUGCUGAGGCUGUAAGCCUCUUCUCUCAAAUGAGGGAUAAGCGCAUUUCGCCUAAUGUUAUCACUUACACCUGCUUAAUUCAUGGUCUUUGCAAUUUAGGCAAAUGGAAUCAAGCUCGAGCCUUGUUGAAAGAAAUGGUGGGGCAUAACAUAUCACCAAACAUUUUUACCUUCAAUAUAUUGAUUGACUCUCUUUGUAAGGAGGGACUGGUUUCAAAUGCUCAAAGUAUAAUCAAGAUAAUGAUUCAAUCAGGUGUGGAGCCUAAUGCUGUCAGUUACAAUUCACUGAUGGACGGAUAUUGUUUGCGUAGCCAAUUGGAUGAAGCUAUAAAAAUUUUUGAUUUGAUGGUACACAAUGGAAUAGUUGAUGCUUUUAGCUACAGCAUCUUGAUUAAUGGAUAUUGCAAGAGCAAAAGGAUAGAUGAAGCAAUGCAACUUUUUGAUGAAAUGCCUCAAAAAGGUUUUCUUCCUGACACUGUUACUUAUACUACUCUUAUACAAGGCUUGUGGAAUGCAGGGAAGGCCAGGACUGCACUCGUUCUUUUCAACAACAUGUGUUCUCAUGGUCCGCAGCCAGAUAUAAUAACUUUCUCAACUUUGCUUGAGGGCUUGUGCAAACAGGGGGAUCUUGAUGAGGCACUUGCAUUAUUUAAAGAAAUGGAAAAGAGUCAAUUGAAGCCUAAUCAUGUGAGUUAUACCAUUUUGAUUGAUGGCAUGUGCAAAGCUGGGAAGCUUCAUGAUGCUAAGGAAUUUUUUUCUAGGCUUUUUGAAAAAGGUUUGCAGCCUAAUGUUUAUACAUAUAGCAUAAUAAUUAAAGGACUUUGCAAAAAGGGAUUGCUGGAUGAAGCAUACAAGGUGUUUAGAGGAAUGGAAGAUAGUGGAUGUUUACCGGAUGGUUGCUGUUAUAAUGUGAUUAUUCAAGGGUUUCUCAGGCAUGCAGAUGUACCAAAAGCAUCAAAACUUAUUGAAGAAAUGGUUGGCAAGGGAUUUUCUGCAGAUGCCACGACCACCGAAUUGGUAAUGUGUUUAUCCCGCAAUGGCCAUCCCAUUUUGAGAAAACUACGAAAUCAAUCUAAAGGUUUUCAUGGUGUAAAUGUGAAGUGAGAUGUUAUCAAUCAAUGCCUGAUCAACUGAUGCAGGAAGUCUUUGUUAUGCUGUAUAUUAUAGGUACUUGGUUCUAUUUCAAUAUGUAUACUAUAACAAUUUUGUCUAGUUAGUUGUACUUGCUUUUUUAAAUGAAACUCUCUAUUAGUAGUAAUAUCAUUAUCCUUUUAAUAGGCUGUAUAUGCUCAUUAACAUCAAUGAAUCUGUUCUAUUGAUACACUGUUCAGAAAAAGCAGGGUAAAGCCAAUUUCCUAUAUACAGUGAGUAUAGUGAAGAUGGUUGUAUUUGGCAUAGGAAAAUGGACGAAACAACUAUUGGAGAUGAAAAUGGAUGGAGAAACUCGAAGAAAGAUGGCCAAGAGUUCGAGAAGGAAAAUCAGUUGCAGCAAUUUCGGGUUCAUAGCUAAGCAGAGAGGGAAAUUCUGUUGUGAAUGGAGCUUGCACGUGGGCAGAAGCUUGAGGGAGUGGUUCUUUCUACUCUUUUCCAGCCUAUGAGGUCGGGGGGCCAGUUUGUACUUGCUUAGGUGAUUCUGCUCCCGGUGACUUCUGGUUGUUUUCUUUUCUAUUCUCAUGAACGUUCUCAUGUCCUUUGUAGUGUGUUGGGAACAAAUAUUACAGAGCUUCUCAUGAAUGUUCUCAUGUCCUUCGUGGUGUAUUGGGAAUAAGUAUUACAGAGCUUGUCUUACUGUAUCAGUCUCUGCAUAAAUUAUAUGCAGAAUGAGUUAAUUAACUCUAUUAAUUUUCCUUGCUAACGAUUGAACUCAUUUAAAAUUUCAUCA